CCGGCCUUCCCUUGCAGCGGGGGCGGGCGUCGUGGGGGCAUCGUAGCUACCGGGAGCGGGUAGGCUCCGGAGCCAGCGACCCGAGCCAUCGCCGCCAUUGGUGGGGCGGCGGUCGGAGCAUGCCCGCAGCCAUUUGCCGGGCUUCGGCGCGCGCCCGCCGCCCGUGACCUUGUCCGGGGUGCAGCAAGCUCUUCAGUGGCGCCGAGCGCGAUCGUGCCCACUUUGGAUCGAUGCCCCACUUCGCCGACGCGCCGCAAGCGGGGAAGGCUUGUCCGCAAUACCACAACGGCGGGAAGACGGUGUAUGUCAGCGGCGAGAUUAGGCUGAACGCGUCGCGCAUACCUCUCACACCUGCGCAGGAUUACAGGAAAGAUACGACAGCGCCAACUUGGUGCAAAACAGGUUGGAAGACAUCAAGACGCUUGGUAGUAGGGGCGUAUCGUGCGAGGUUCUUUUCGUAUGAGGAGACGCCUGCACCGAGUGGCUUCGCAGGCGGGGUUUUCAAGCACGGCAACAGGGUCAACCGGCCUGGCCCGGCUGGUCUGGCAGUGGAUCGCGAUGGGCAUGCACCGGCGCGCGACCGAUCUCACCGGGCGAGCCAUCUACGCGCCCUGGCAGGCGCAGGCGCUUUGCCGGUGGCGCGCGGCCCGGUCUUGUGUGCCGCCCCAGGCGCGCGGCCCCGCAGUUGCUUGAGGCUUUCCCGGUUUUGGCGAAAAUGAACGACGGGCGCCAGGAGUACAAAGAGCGCCGGGGGGCCUGGGGUUGGUUGCUCCGCCGCACAUUGGCCGAGCCCGCCGGAUACCCUGGAGGCGCGGCGCGGUCUGCAGCCCGCAAGAAAUUGGCAGCGCGGGGGCGGCGGCCGCUUUGGUGGGGUGCGAGCGUGCCCAUUUAUAAAUGGGAGAAAAUGGGGCCGCAAGGGGGCCGGCAGGCGCGUCGGGCGCGCGAGGCCGGCGGGUCACCGCAUCAAAAGCGUGCGCCGCGAGAUUGUCCCCGGCCCCCUCUCUGUUCCCCCUCCCUGCUGUGAGUCCGGUCGGCGGCUUCGCGCGAGGCGUGGAGCGCGCGCCCCUUGCCGGCGCGCCUGCUAGAAUUGUUGCCCUGGCGGGUUUGCCGGCUCUAUGCCGCCGCGCGGGGUGCCUGCACGCAGACUCGCUCCGGAGCCGUGCUCUCUUCCCCCGGUUGUGGCAGCCACCGGGCCGGCGCCCGGUGCGUGUUUGGGCAACUAGUUCCGUCGCCCUUCUGUGCGCGCGCCCCGGCCCCGCUUGGCGCGCCCGGGCGAAACCAUACGGCGCCCUGGUCAAUCAAGAUGAGAAGCAGGACGCGCGCAGGCCUCCCACCCCCUCCUGCUUGCAGCCCCGACGCAUGUGCAGUCGGCUCCCCGCGUUGUGCGUGAGGCGCGCCCCGUCUCCCCGAGGCGGGUCGGACAUGAAUUCGAUUGUUUGACAUCGCCGGCCGAGAAGGCAGCGGCCCAUGGACACGAUGGGCGCAUUGCCGGCACUCUUUGCUAC